AUUGAAACGAUUUGAAUACGUAAACAAAAAUUGAAUAGCCUUAAUCAACAAAAGUUAGUAUCUCCACAACAAUCACUGUAAAUAUAUGGCAUUUAUCUUAUCGCUGUAGUAUAAUUUGGCGGUAAAGCAACCACACUUUAGCCAACCGAACAAACAACGAAAAUUAAAAUCAGUUAAUUAAUUCCGAGGUAUAACCAUAAUUCAAAACGAGGUAGAGUUUUGUUGUGUACCUGUGGAACGUCAUCAUCAUGCCAGUCAACUUCGCGUAACUAGUCAGUACAGUUGAACAAGUUGGUGAAUCGCGAGUUCGUAUCGUCGAAUUAUAAUGGAAAGCUAGGUAGAGAAAGUUUAGAAAUAUUGUUUUUGUUAAAAAUACAACCGCUGAAAUUAGUUUAAAUAACGCACUACGAAUAACUGUGUUUGAAAUGUCCAGUUCGAUAUGUAAAGCAUCAGUGUACAAAGCAUAUCAAGAUGUUAUUGGUGAUGUUAUUUCGAACGUAAGAGAACACUUCAUUGAAGAUGGAGUUGAUGAAACAGUAUUACAGGAGCUUAAGAAUAUUUGGGAGGCGAAAUUGGCAGCUACGAAAGCAGUGGCUGAGAAUAGAGAAGUCGAUAAACUUCUGACACCGAGUAACAAACCAAAGCCAGACUAUAUUAAUCCAAAUUAUCUCAAACCACUACCACCGGCUAUACAUCAAUUACACCUACAACAACAACAACAACAACAACAGCACCAGCAACAACAACAUCAGCAACAACAACAACGACAAUUAAUAAAUAAUAAACAAAUAGUUGGCCAAGUAGCACCAAAUAAUCAUAUGCCGCAAGGUUCUCUUGGCCACGGUCCUGCAGAAUGGCGACGAGUUCCAAUUCAAAUUAAUAUUCCGUCGCCCCUUGGAUCAGCCGAAGGUCACAGAAUUCUCUCUAUAGAUGUGCCGGAAGUUUUCUUACAAGGCCAUCAUCUUAAAUCAAUCCUAACUGGACAAGCUAUUAGUACAACAAUGGGAUUACCAUUGCCAACAGCAUGUGCUUUCCUUCAAGAUCAUGUCAACGCUGCAUUCAUUAAACACCAACAAAAUUAUUUCAGCUCUUUGAAUAACGGUAACCCACACAUGUUGAAUCACAUGCAUGACCGCUUACUUGAAAGUAGACUCAGAGGUAUACCUCAAGGUGACGGUCCAGCAGACUACUCUUAUGCGUCUCUAACUAACUCUUCAAUUAACACCCUUUCAACUAAUAAUAAUAAUAUUAGACAUAAGGGUAACGAAUCAGAUCCAGUACUAAAUUCUUCGUUUACAAACGAUCUUGAAGAUCAACUAUUGCAUAAUAGGCUUAAAGGAAUUCAACAGUGUGAUGGACCUGCUGACUCGUCUGAAGACGAUGACAAAAGUGACGAAGGAUCUGAGGAUAUUGAUGACGAUAAAGAGGAAGAUGAAGAAGAAAUUGAAAACGACUUAGCUGGAGAAGCUGAAGAAGACCCUUUAAACUCUGGAGAUGAUGUUUCAGAUGCUGACGGAACAGAGGAAUCGUUUGAGACUGAAAAUGUGAUAGUUUGCCAGUAUGACAAGAUCACACGAAGUAGAAAUAGGUGGAAAUUUCAUCUGAAAGACGGUAUUAUGAAUUUAAAUGGUGAAGAUUUUAUAUUCCAGAAAGCUAACGGAGAUGCUGAAUGGUAGAUGUUUAAAACAGAUACAAAGAUAGAAAUAUUUUUAUAUAUUUUGCGUUGAAUUUAUUCUAUAAUUAUGUUGUUUAUUAUUUUUAAUCAGAGUUGACUGUUAAUAGAUUUAAGAAUAUUUUCCGCAAUGUUUUUGGGCAUUAUAUAUGUUUGUUCUUGAAAA